AUAAUGUUUAAGUUUAGUGUUCAGUAUAGUGUACAUUGCGAUUCGCAGUGGAAGUGAUUUAUUUAUUACUUUGAAAUUAAACUAUUAAUUAAGAAAUAAAAAUGCCCGUAGAACGUCGCUCAGUUACUCCGAUUGUAAAAUUAAUUCGAAAUAUAGCGAGACGUAAAAGAAUUACAGAGUCUUUAAGGCAUGCAGAUCAUGUUGCUAAACGUACACAACCACCUCCAGAUGUACCUGGUGGGCCAUACCAUAAAUCUUCAAAUGUAUAUUAUUACACUCGUGAUGUGAGACGUCUUGUGCAACCACCAAUUGAAAUAUUUUCCAGCAAUCAGUUACAAGAAAGGACUAGUUCCGCUAAUCUGAUCAUGAAUCCCUUGAAAAAACUACGGUUGAAGGAUGAAUAAAUGAAAUAAAAUAUU